AUGUGGAGGCUGAAGAUCGGCGAGAGCGGGAGGGAGCCUUACCUGUUCAGCAAAAACAACUUCUGCGGGAGGCAGACAUGGGAGUUCGAUCCCGACGCCGGCACCGACGAAGAGCGGGAGGAAGUCGAGGCCGCUCGCCGUCGUUUCUGGGAGAACCGACACGGCCGUGUUAAAGCCAGCUCCGACCUCCUCUUACAGUUCCAGUUUCUGAGGGAGAAAAAUUUUAAGCAAACCAUUCCAAGAGUGAAGGUAGAAGACGGAGAGGAGAUAACGUACGAGGCUGCGACAGCUGCAUUGAGAAGGAGCGUUCGUUUCUUUGGGGCUCUUCAGGCCAGCGACGGCCAUUGGUGUGCUGAAAACUCCGGCGUCAACUUCUACACUCCGCCUCUGGGCACCUCAACACGGUAUUAACGGCAGAGCAUCGAAAACAAAUUUUACACUACACCUACUGUCAUCAGAAUGAGGAUGGCGGAUGGGGAUUACAUAUAGAAGGCCACAGCAUGAUGUUCUGUACGGUGCUCAACUACAUUCAAAUGCGGCUGCUCGGAGAAGGAGCCGACGGAGGCGAAGAUAAUGCUUGCGCGAGAGCAAGGAAAUGGAUUCUCGAUCACGGCACUGCAACUGCGAUCAGCUCUUGGGGCAAGACUUGGCUUGCUAUCCUUGGUGUGUAUGAGUGGGAUGGAUGCAACCCAAUGCCUCCAGAGUUCUGGGUCUUCCCCACUAUCUUCCCAAUGCAUCCAGCAAAAAUGUUCUGUUACUGCAGACUAACUUUCAUGCCAAUGUCAUACUUCUACGGAAAGAAGUUUGCUGGUCGAAUUACACCUCUUCUUCUGCAAAUAAGACAAGAAAUCUACAGCCAACCAUAUGACCAAAUCAACUGGGGCGGCGUCCGUCAUUUAUGUGCAAAGGAAGACAAUUACUAUCCGCAUGGUGUGACACAAAAACUUUUAUGGGACGCACUUUACAACUUUGCCGAGCCUUUGCUAGCACGAUGGCCUUUGAACAAGAUGAGAGCCAAAGCGUUGGAGCGGACGAUGGAACACAUUCACUACGAAGAUGAGAACAGUCGCUACAUCACCAUUGGGAUUGUUGAAAAGCCACUGAACAUGCUUGCUUGUUGGGUCGAUGAUCCCGACGGACUGGCCUUCAAAAAGCAUCUCGCUAGAGUUUCAGAUUACUUAUGGCUUGGAGAGGAUGGAAUGAAACUUCAGAGCUUUGGUAGUCAAACAUGGGACACUAGUUUUGCCCUCCAAGCCUUGCUUGCCAGUGACCUGGUUGAAGAACCUUCAGUCAUAUUUGGAAGAGGACACAACUUCCUAAAGCUUUCCCAAGUAGUUGAGAAUCCUUCUGGGGAUUUUAAGGCGAUGUUUCGUCAUACGUCGAAAGGGUCUUGGACAUUUUCCGAUCGAGAUCAUGGUUGGCAAGUUUCAGAUUGCACUGCUGAAAGUUUCAGUGUUGCUUACUAUUCUCAACAAUGCAUGCUGACAUCGUUGGAGAUAAAAUUAAACUCCAGAACCUCAAUGAUGCGGUUAAUAUCAUACUCUCUCUUCAGAAUAAGAAAAAUGGAGGGUGUUCAGCCUGGGAGCCAUCAGGAGAAAAAUUAUGGUUAGAGUGGUUUAACCCCGUGGAGUUUUUGAAGGAUCUUGUAAUUGAAUACGAAUAUAUCGAGUGCACCUCAUCCUCAAUACAGGCCUUGGUGAUGUUUAGGAAGUUGCAUCCGACACAUAGAGUCAAAGAGAUUGAGGAUUUCAUUUUCAAGGCAGUGAAAUUCAUUGAAGAGAUUCAACAACCUGAUGGCUCAUGGUAUGGAAACUGGGGAAUUUGUUUCAUUUAUGGUACAUGGUUUGGGCUUGGAGGGUUAGUUGCUGUUGGUAAGACAUAUGAGAAUUGUGUUGCCAUUCAGAGAGGAGUUGCCUUCCUUCUUGAAACACAAAAAGAAGAUGGAGGAUGGGGAGAAAGCUAUCUUUCAUGCCCAAAGAAGGAGUAUGUUCCCCUGGUUGGCCGAUCAAACUUAAUCCAUACUUCUUUAGCUUUGAUGGGUUUAAUCCUUGGUGGCCAGGCAAAGAGAGAUCCUGCACCACUUCAUGUUGCUGCAAGGUUGUUGAUAAAUUCACAAACUGAGCUGGGUGAUUUUCCGCAACAGGAACUUAUGGGAGUUUUUAUGAGGAAUUGUAUGCUGCACUAUGGAGCUUACAGAAAUAUUUUUCCGAUUUGGGCUCUAGCAGAAUAUCGUCGUCAAGUUUAUUGAAAAAAAAAAUUAUAUAGCAAGAUAUACCGGUGAAACCAAAUAUAUAUUGUAUUUCAACAUGGGUGUUUGGAUACAUUAUGACCUAUCAUUAUAACUGAGAAUGAUGUUUGAAUAUAAUGAUGUUUGGAUACAUUGAGCCUUAUUAACCACUAGAUACAUUAUGAACUAUUUAUUCAUGAAUUAUAUUCAAACACCCAUUUUUUAACGUUUUGUUUUGAAU